AUAAUUCUUCAUUUUUCUUCAAUCUCUCAUUCCCUUUUCAUUAUAAUCACAAAAAUAAAUAAAAAUAAUACAAUAAAUUUCCAUUUUUAUCAUUUCCACCUUCACUCAAGUUCUCUUUCUUUCUUCCUUCUUCUCUUCCCUUUAAAUUCCUUAAUACUAUAUGUCUUUUUAUUUUAUUUUAUUUUCUUGUUAAUUGUGUUUUGAGGUUGUAACAAUUUUUUUAUUGCUUUCAAUUAUCUAAGAAUAUCAAGUAUUUUAUUGAUUAUGUAACAGAUUUUGAUUGCAAAAAAAAAAUGAUGUAGACUUUGAUGGAUCUAUAUCACAAAGAAUUUCAGAAUUUGAUUGAUUAAUUUGAAUAUGAAGAUGGAAGGAUCUUAUGAAAGUGUUCAAAUAAUAAAAUAUCCAUCAGCAUAUGAUGAAUCAUGCAUCAAAUUAUCAUUUUCAUUAUUACCUUUGUUUGAUGUAAGAGUUUUUUAUGUAAGAUUUAGUGGAAUUGAUGUGAAUGAAUCAACACCUGAAUUUCUAUUUCUUCAUCAUAUUCCUCUAAGUCCUGAUACACUUUUGGAAAUUAAUGGUGUUAGAAGCAACAUGAACAGUGAUGGUGAUUCUUCAAUUCUAAGAAAAGAUAGAGUUGAUAAGAAUUGUGAAGAAAUCACUUUUGUUAAUACAGAUAGUAUACGUUUGAAUGGUAGCAUGAAAUUUGAGGUUUGUGAUAAAGAACAAUGUUUUUUGUCUUGUGUUCUUGAGAUGUGUAAUGAGAAGAAGAAAUGGAGUAUGAUUUGUGAGAGUGAAAUGAGACAGAACAGUGAAAUUGAGGUUUAUGUUGCUGGUUGUUUCUUAGGAAAACCUAUAAUCUUGAGUAGGACACUUCAAGUUAAUUGCAGGAAGAAAAAUAAUAGGAAAGGGAUGUUGGAUGUUAUUCCUGAAUAUGAAACAACUCUGUCUCAUCAUCAUCAUCAUGGACUUGAUUUACAGGUAGCUGAGUACAAGAGAAGAUUGAAACAAAAAGAGGAGGAUUACAAGAAGAAGAUGUAUUUGGAAAGAACAGGAUAUAUAAUGGAAGGUGAAGAUGGUGGUGAGGUAUCAUGGUUCAAUGCAGGAGUAAGAGUUGGUGUUGGACUUGGACUUGGCAUUUGUGUGGGAGUUGGUAUUGGUGUUAGUCUUUUGGUUCGUUCUUACCAAACAACUAUUCGUAAUUUCAAGAGGAGGUUCAUAUAAUAAUAUAGCCCUUUUGUUUUGUUUUGUUUUCUAAUAAUACAUAACUCCUUUUUGUAAGUUGGAAUUUAUGUGCUAUAAGUUCAAAGACAACUACAUAUUUUCUGUUGAAAACUUGCUAGUUGCCUUGUUUAGUUCACAAUCUUUUUUGCUAGUUCCCUUGUUUA